UACUAUUUAGUCAAGGGAACGUAAAUGAUACAUGAUGUAUUCCAUAGUGAUGUAGUUAAUUUAUGAAAUACAGCUGUUUGAAAUAUAUAUUUAAUCAAAUCCAUGUGUGAAGCAGGAAUAGUGGGUUAACCAUGAAAAGUGAUGGUGAUAAAAAGUAUAAAAAGGAUGUCACUCCACUCUUAAGACAAUGCUUCGUGACAGCAGCAGUGCUGAGCGGGGCGCUGGGCCACGGCUGCGGGCAGGGCCACGUGGCCGUGCUGGUGCCGCAGCUGCAGCGGCCGGGCGCGCCCAUACCGCUCACUGCUAGCGACGCUUCGUGGAUCGCAUCAAUUAUAGGUCCAUCAUUCUUGAUGGGAAACCUGCUGGUGCCACCGCUGAUGAGUCGCCUGGGUCGCCGUCGCACCACACAGGCCAUCGCAUUCCUCGCGCUGAUUGGCUGGUUCAUCACCAUCAUGGCUGAAAAUGUCUGGCACUUAUUAAUCGGCAAGACAUUCUUAAGCCUCACUUAUGGGAUGUCGCUGCCAGUGCGAGGGGUGAUGCUUGGAGAAUACACCAGCCCCAGAUACCGCGGUGCUUUACUGGCAACCAUGGCCCUAGGGCAUACCUCCGGGCUUCUGAUCGUCCACACUCUUGGGUCAUUCUUCUCUUGGCAACUAACUGCCCUCAUCGUCACAAGCUUUCAGUUCGCCUGUAUCGUAAUGACGUUUUACUAUCCCGAAUCACCCAGCUACCUCGUCAGUAUAGGAAAAUAUGACGAAUGCAAAAAAGCCUACAGAUGGCUACGUGGGGAGAACGAAGAGGAUGAACUAAGAAAAAUGAUUGAAGCGCGUUCAGUUAUUAACAAGCAGAACACUGAAGAUGCAAGACAGAAACCUGGAUUCAAGAAGUUCAUUCAAGUUGUGAGGAAGCCAGAGUUGUAUAAGCCAAUUAUCUUAAUGACACACGUGUAUCUUUUGAGCCAGUUCAGUGGCGCAACCAUUCUGGCCAGCUACCCAAUGCAAGUGCUAGGCAAUCUCUUGGAUCCAGAAGCUAACCUCCAUUUCUGGAUGGUGUUUCUGGAUGCACAACGCCUCUUCGGGAAUGCUUUAGCGCUUGUAGUCAUGAACAGAGUCAAAAGACGUAUGAUGAUAUUUUCCUUUGGUAUUUUAAGUAUUGUUACUCAAAUCAGCCUCGCCAGUUAUGGGUAUUUGAGAUACAAUGGCAUGUUGGUGUAUAAAGCCAACUGGAUUCCAUUACUGCUGAUCAAUUUGCAAAUGUUUGCUUCAGCAAUGGGCCUAGUACCCACUAGUGGCGUAAUGUCGGGUGAAGUAUUUCCUUUACAGUACAGAGGCAUAGGUGGUAGUGUUAGUCUAUUGUUUAUUUCCCUAACCCUUUUCCUUGACUUGAAGACAUUUCCGACGCUAGUUGAAUCUAUACAUUUGCACGGAUCUUACUGUAUUUAUUCAUCUAUAAUGGUGUAUGCUUUGAUAAUUGUCUGGUUUCGAAUGCCUGAGACUAAAGACAGAACUCUUCAGGACAUUGAAGAUGAGUUUAGAGGCGCACCUUUGAUUAGCACGGAAGAAGAUAUUGAAAAGUUAAAAAAGUAAAGUUCGUAUUAAUCGAAUUGUGAAAAUUGGCGUCGUAAACAGAUAGAAAAGAUUUAAUUAAGUGUAAUUAGUGCAAUAAAAAACGAGUGAAACCUAAUAAAAAUAUUUAUACUUAUACUUAUUUUAAAUUAAGUAUAUUAUUUUUUUGACUUUUAUUAUUAAUUAUGGUACCUAACAUUAUACCUAACUCUAGCUAGUAUACGGUAUUCUACCAUUGCUGGGUAUAAUAUUCUGAAAGGAAAAAUUUCACGCAGCAAUAAAACGGAAACACUGACUAAAUGUACAGAUUGAUGAAACAUGAGAGUUAUUUAUAAUUAAGUUAUUUUGUAGUAUAGUAAAUAACAAUAAUAAUAACUGCCUCAACCUUGAGUAAUAUAAUGUCGUUGUACUUUUUUCCAAUGAUAUGUUGUUUGUUUGUUAUAAUUAUAUCUGCCUAUAAGU